CGGCGAUUGAGCCUUUUGCUCAUUGGAAUAAACUCUAUUAAGCUCAUACAAGGGGGUUGGUAUAUAAACUAGAAUCUUGUGUGGCUGCUUCUUCCUCGCUAACCACAACCUACUCAUCACAUACACACCACACAAACACACACUCGUACAACAAUGCCAUCUGCUCACGUCUUCAACUCUGGACCUGAGUCCGUUGUUUACACAACAUCAAACGGUGCUCCAUACCCUGAGCCAUACGAAGCUCAACGAGUUCACGUUGGUAACAAGCAAAUCGGAAGUGCUUUGCUCUUGCAAGAUUUCCAUCAUAUCGAUCUUUUGGCACACUUUGACCGGGAACGUAUUCCUGAACGUGUCGUUCACGCCAAGGGUGGAGGUGCCCAUGGUGUCUUUGAGGCCACUCAUGAUAUCUCUGAUUUGAGUUGCGCCAAGCUUUUCGAAGUUGGCAAAAAGACUCCUUUGACAUUGCGAUUCUCAACCGUUGGUGGUGAAAGUGGUUCUGCCGAUACCGCUCGCGACCCAAGAGGUUUUGCCAUCAAGAUGAGAACUGAAGAAGGAAACUUGGACUGGGUUUUCAACAACACUCCAAUCUUCUUCUUGCGUGAUCCAGCAAAGUUCCCUCAUUUCAUUCAUACUCAAAAGCGUGAUCCUCAAACUCACUUGAAGGACAACGACAUGUUCUGGGACUACUUGUCCCAAAACCCAGAAUCUGUCCAUCAAGUUAUGAUCUUGAUGGGUGACCGUGGUAUUCCAAAGGGACAUGCAUUCCAACAUGGAUACUCAGGACACACUUUCAAGUUUGUUAACGACAAGGGAGAGUGGCAAUACGUCCAAAUCCACGUUCGCUCUGACCAAGGUGUUGACUUCUACACCCAAGAAGAUGGUGUCAAGUUGGCAGGUGAAAACCCUGAUAUCCACAACGCCGAAUUGUUCGAGCAAAUCGAACAAGGCAAGUUCCCAUCUUGGACCGUCAGCGUUCAAACCAUGACACAACAACAAGCUGAGCAAUUCCGUCAUUCAGUCUUUGACUUGACCAAGGUUUGGCCUCACGCUGAAUACCCAUUGCGCCCAGUCGGAAAGAUCACUUUGAACAAGAACCCUGAAAACUACUUUGCUGAGAUUGAACAAGUUGCUUUCUCACCAAGCCACUUGGUUCCAGGUAUCGAACCCUCUGCAGACCCAGUCUUGCAAAGUCGUUUGUUCUCAUACCCUGAUACACACCGUCACCGUUUGGGUGUCAACUACCAACAAAUUCCAGUCAACGCACCACUCGUUCCAGUUGCUAACUUCCAACGCGACGGCUUCAUGACUGUUAACGGUAACCAAGGCAACCGACCAAACUACCAAAGUUUGAUCAAGCCAUUGCAAUACUCCAAGCGCAACACUGUUUCCGCAACACACGAGCAAUUGGCUGCUGCUCAAAUCAACAACUUCUUGUCUCAAGUUGACGACAAGGACUUUGAGCAACCACGUGCAUUGUGGGAGAAGGUAUUCGAUGACAGCGCCAAAUCUCGCUUCAUCAACAACAUUUCCGGUCACUUGGGUGGAUGCAAGUCCAAGGAAAUCCAACAACGUCAAUUGAAGGUCUUCCAACGUGUUCACCCUGACAUCGCUUCUCGCAUUGGUGAGAAGAUUGGUGUGACCGUCUAAAUUGUUGAUACGAAAUAAAAGAAAAACCAUCAAAUUAUUUUAAUGUUCUGGG